CGCGGCUCGGGGGCUCGCCGCGUCGCCGACUCCUCGUCACAGGCGCUGCCGCCGCAGCCGGGGUGGCGGCGACGAGCGGCCGCCGCGUCCCGCCCGCGCCCGCCCCGGGCCCCCCUACCUGGCCGUUCGCCGAGCCAUGUCGUUGAGCCCCAAGCACACGACGCCCUUCUCCGUGUCCGACAUCCUGAGCCCCAUCGAGGAGACCUACAAAAAGUUCGGCGGCGCCAUGGACGGCGCGCCGCCCGGCCUGGGGGCGCCCCUGGGGGCCGCGGCCGCCGCCGCCUACCGUGCGCCGCCGCUCGGCCCCUCCUCGCAGGCGGUGGCGGGCGUGCAGCCGCCCCACGCCAUGGCGGGCCACAACGCGGCGGCCGCGGCGGCCGCGGCAGCCGCAGCGGCGGCCGCAGCCGCCACCUACCACAUGCCGCCGGGCGUCUCGCAGUUCUCGCACGGCGCCAUGGGCGGCUACUGCAACGGCGGCCUGGGCAACGUGGGCGAGCUGCCCGCCUACACGGACGGCAUGCGGGGCGGUGCGGCCGCCGCGGCCACCGGCUGGUACGGCGCCAACCCGGAUCCGCGCUACUCGUCAAUCUCCAGGUUCAUGGGGCCAUCGGCGGGCGUGAACGUAGCCGGCAUGGGGUCGCUGACGGGCAUCGCGGACGCCGCCAAGACGCUGGCGCCGCUGCAUGCGGCUGCGGCGGCGCCGCGAAGGAAGCGCCGCGUGCUCUUCUCGCAGGCUCAGGUCUACGAGCUGGAGCGUCGCUUCAAGCAGCAGAAGUACCUAUCGGCUCCCGAGCGCGAGCACCUGGCCAGCAUGAUCCACCUGACGCCCACGCAGGUCAAGAUCUGGUUCCAGAACCACCGCUACAAGAUGAAGCGGCAGGCCAAGGACAAGGCGGCGCAGCAGCUGCAGCAGGAGGGUGGCCUGGGACCGCCGCCACCCCCGCCGCCGUCCCCGCGUCGCGUGGCGGUGCCCGUGCUAGUCAAGGACGGCAAGCCGUGCCAGAACGGUGCCAGCACCCCGACACCCGGCCAGGCCGGCCCGCAGCCGCCGGCCCCGACGCCGGCGCCUGAGCUUGAGGAGCUGUCGCCCAGCCCGCCCGCGCUGCACGGGCCGGGGAGCGGUCUGGCGGCCCUGGACGCGACCGCAGGAGACUACGGCGGCGGCGUGCUCGGCGCCAACCUGCUCUAUGGCAGGACGUGGUGACCGCGCGGGCGCCCCGGGGCGGGGUCCGGCCUGCGGCGCGGAGGCUGUGUAAGAAACUUCGAGAACGGACGGGGGAAACACACCGAAGCGGACUCUUACGUACACGGCGAUCGGAAACUAAUGAACGGGUCGUGGAGAGGGGCAGCCUCUGCACCUCUUUGCUGGGGGUGGGGAACAGCGACAGCCCCGGGACUGAAUAAUACGACGCCAGGAGGCUGUGAGGUGGUGAUUUGCUCCUUCAGAAGUUCCUAAAUUAUUCGAAAAGCUGGCUGAGUCCACAUCCGCCACGUUCCUAACCAAAGCUCUCAAGAGUUUUAAAAGUUGGAAACUUUGUUGGUGUUUGUAGCUCAAAAAACCAACCCAGCUUUAAUAACGAAUUCUUUUUUGGAGUGGAACUUGAGAGAUUAAUUUUCAAAGGCCUCCCCCUUAAGUGCAAUUUCAUUAAUGUUUGAUUGAAAGUACAUUGUAGCUCAAGGUGGAUCAUGCACAUAGCAACAUUAUUGCAGGGUAAUUAUUGCCAUUUAGGUAAUGGAGAAAUGGAAUAAAAAUAAUCAAAAUAACUGCUUAUAUGGAUUGAUAAAGCUUUUUAAGUUUAAUGGCGAUUUUAAAAUGUUUUGAUCGUUAUUUGGCAAAUGAGUGUUUCUAUAUUACUCUAAAAGAGGAUAUUUCCUACGGUAAGAAGCAGCUCGUAAGAAGGAAGGAUUGUAAACUACUUCUUAUGUGGAAUCUGGUCUCCCAAAAUCAGCUGAUAAAAUAAAUGCACCCUGUCUUUCCGUAGAUCUGUUAUUUGCUCUAAGUUAUUUGCUUAUCUGAAUUUGAAUACCUUGAUAAAAUACUAGAACAAGCAAACAAAUUUGCUAAAAUUGACAUCAGUCUAUAUAUUUCAAAGCAUGUCAAGAAGGAAGAGAAGAAGGUGAUUUAUCGAAUUGUAAUCAGAAUGUAAAGAGUAAGAAUUAUUUAUAAUUUUCCCAUCAUAUUUACAACUUAAUAAGGGUUGCACACCGAUUUUUGUUGUUUUAUUGUACAAAUAAUGUAUUUACUCUUUAAUAUGCCAAUUUAUAUUUCUUAUGUUUCAAAUGAAUAUUUAAAUAUAACUUAAGAGAAUCUUAAGUACUUUUUUGGUUAAAGUCAAGUGGUCAUCUCUUUUUCACUAAGUUGUAUAGGUUUUAUUUUGGUUUGGCUUUUUUCUUCACCCCCCACUUGCUGGCGUGACAGGACGCCGCAGCUCAGUUUACUCAUGAUUUGAAUAACUGGUAUUGGAGUAAAAAGACCAAAAGCAAGCUGAAGAUUGUUAGCUUAUAAAACGAAUGAAAAUUAAAGACCUAACAUGGAUGAAGUGUGAUUUAUAGAUGAUCACAAAUAGUUAACAGAGACCCAAAAACUCUUACACAUUGAAGUUUUAGAAUUAGUUUGAGACUGAAACGUUUCAUUUCACUUCAUUGUUGGGGUGUGUUUCUGAAUGUACAAAGUGAAUCCUUCAGAAGGUGUUUUAGAAAUUAAACUUGCACUUUCUCUAAACUAUUUUACAUAAUAAAACUCCAGUCCCUUUCACAGAGGGAAAAAACAACCACUGAACAAGCAAGGGGAUCAGUUUUAUCAACAGCAUGUGAAUGCAUUUUUGGGAAAAUGAGAACUAAUUUUUUAAAAAACUUUACAUAAAAGGAAAUAAUUUGAGCAAGAAAUAGUAUAAAAAUGGUGCAAUACACCUACAGAAAAUUCUCUCAAUUUGGGUUUUUGCAUAUUGAUAGAACUGACUUUCGAAAUUUUUGCCAAGCUAGCAUAAUUAUUAUUGAUAUGCCAAAUUUCAAAAUGCUUAUCUAUAUUGAUUUGAUUCCCUCACAUCAGUACCAGAAUUCUGAAAUUUAACUUCUAGGAAAUGUGUUCUGAAAGUCCACAUGGUUUGCAAUAUAUAUACCUAUUACAACCCAAUACUUACCAAUAAUAGCUUAUGGACUAAAGGCUCCAAUUAACAUGUGUAAAGAAAACAAUCUUCAUGGACAAUUUUUCCAUUGAUAAUUUAUUUCUGGAACAAAGAGUCUCUUAGAUUAAGUGAACUCUGUAUCCAAAAAAUCAUUAAGAAAAAACAGCCUUCUUUAUACAGUAUUUUCUAAAGUGUAUUUGCUGUAGACAUAUAUUUUUCCCUUCAGCAUUUCUUUAAGUAAUAAAGGAACCACUGCCAGAAGUAAUCGCUGCAGAUGGCUUAACAUCCUACACCCAGAAAUGCACAGAGUUUAUGUGUGCACAUUCUGAAAAUAGGAUAAGGUUUGGUUCUUGAAACAUUGGAAUAGAAAAUGUUUUUACUAUAGAAUUCUGCAUUCUGAUUAAUGCAAAGCAAGAGCUUUUUUUCUUCUGUUGCAAUUAGUGCUUUGCAGAUCUUUUAUAAAAACACAAACGGCCAGACUAGGUGAAACUCAUUAACUGAAGAGGAGGAUAAGUGUCUUCACAACCAAGAGGGAGGGCCGAGGCAGGGUCUGAGUGGAACAAAGCCCUCUCAAAGUUUAGCAGAGGCCAGAACAAAACUCCGUUCCAGAAAUGCUAACUGCAGAUGUGAUAUUUUCCUAAAUGUUUUGGGGUUUCACAACAAGCUUAUCUUUUCCAGUUGAGGCACAGAAACAAAACCCAGAAUCAAAGUUGCAGAGAGGAACAGCAGGGAUUGCAGGUACUUUUCUGUAAUCUUCAUUCGGAUAUGAAUUGAAGCUUUGAGUGUGUGGCAGUGUGCAAUGUUGAAGGCGCAGAAAUGGUGUUUUGUAUAGAAAGCAUGGAGGGUGUAACCCAGUUUUCUAUUUAAAGUUUUGCUUUAAAACCCAAUGGUCAAAACAAGUAGCCAGACUUUUAUCAACACAGAUGUUGUGUCCAAACUCCAUUCUGCGAGCAACUGUUUACUUUCAAUUUAAAGCAAAUCAGAAACUCUAUCCUGGUCACUAAAUGCAAGCACCUUCCAAAGAAUGGCUUUGUUAGCUGCAUUGAAUACUGAUGAUUUAAAAGACUUUCGGAGUAAAUUUGUGAACCACAAUCACAAAGACCCAUGGACUGGGUUUUUAGAUAUGAAUUUGUGCAUAAAUAAUGCAUUAUGUAGUGACAGUACAAGUUUCAGAUGUUCAAAGCAUGAAUGAUAUUGCCCCAUGGUUUAACACAACAGUAACUUGUGUGAAAAAAACCCUUAAUGUUGACAAUUUCGGUCCAGUUUUUUAAAAUGCUGCUACUUGUCAUGCCCAAACUCAAUGAGACAGGGAAUUAGGAUACAAUUUACU